AUGAGUGAGGAGGAGGAACAGAAGUCUUUAGAAGAUGCCUUCAACUCUAUUCAAGCAACAAAAGAAGAGGAAGAACUUACUGCAGAGGAAAGGAGGAAGCUGGAAAGAAAACUGAAAAAGGAACGCAAGAAGAAGGAAAAACAGCUGAUGAGGGAAGCUGGAAUAUCCACUAAAAAAGUGGAGCCCAAAAAGCCAUCGGGAUCUGAGCUGGCUCUGGCCUAUUUAACCAGAUGGUCUGAAAACCCAGAAGAAUGGAAGUUUCAAAAGACAAGGCAAACAUGGCUUCUCUUGCACAUGUAUGAUAAAGAAAAGGUUCCAGACAAGUAUUUCACCAUUUUACUGGACUAUCUCCAAGGCCUUCAAGGCAGUGCACGAGACAUAACUGUGCAGAAAGCUGAAGAUUUUAUGAAGCAGUUUGAUGGUUCUGAUGCAGAAGACCCCAACCUGCCGGAGAAGUGCGAGCGUGUACGACAAGUUCUGCAGCUGCUGUCCUGA